CUUUGCAUGCUGUAGCCGCCGGAGAACCAUCCAUACACGCUGAACAUGUCGGAUUUAAGUGAGUUUUUGCGUAGUCGAGGGGUCCCAGAUGAAGCAAUUACAUUACUGGAAGAACAAAAGAUUGACAGCGACGUCAUCAUGCUCAUGGAUGAUGCAAAGCUGGCAAAUUACAUCCCCUCCUAUGGAGACCGAAUCGCCCUCUUCAAUUACUGCAAAAGUAAAAAGCCCAUCUCAAAGCGAAAACAUGGGCUUUUAGAAAAACUUCGUGAGAGCAUGAAAGUCAGAAAGGAAGGCACCAAGGAAAACAUAUCACAUGCUGACACAAGAACAACACAAAGAAAGAAGCUAAAAACAACACGAAAUGUAGAGAUAGGAUGGAUUCACAGUGACGGUCACAUUGCCAAACAGGUGAGGGCAAAGCAGGGAGGUGGCACCAGAAAAAUUCAAUUGGCAGUUGAUGCUGGAUUAAAUGACAUCCUUCAAGAAGGAAAGAAACUUUUUUUCCCAGAUGGAAUAUCUCCUAAAGGACCAGAAUCAGAUUUUGAGUUUGAGGUGUGGGACUUCAAACAGAACCACCUUACUGAUGACACACGCCUGUCCAUUGGCACUAUGUAUGAGACUGCAAGGCUCACAAUGUUGCGCUUUUACAUUGCAACAAAGCCAAAAGAUCUUGAAGAUGAUGCCAGCGAGACAUCUGAAGUCAUUCUUGUAUCUGCACACAGUGGCAAUGAAAUCAAUACAGCAGAACUACAAGUGGGAGAGGUCAUGCUUGUUUCUGAAGAAGUCCAGUCUUCUUUAAAUGUGCCUGUGGACUCUGAAAUUACUUUUGGUUCUAAUUACAGCACUGCAGAUGACACAGAGGACACAUUGAUCUAUGAGGGAUUUCUUAUGCCCACCAGUCCAGCUCGUCCAGAGGAUGUGAUUAUUAUCACCAUAUAUCAUGCUAACACUUUUAAUGACAUGAUUACAGCUUUCUCGGAUGAAGAGAUUUUAAACAAAGCACUGCAUGUGAGGCGCAUACUUCCAGACAACAAAGAAGAAGCAGGCAAUGGAUCUGGGGUCUUAAGAGAUGUCCUCAGCUGCUUUUGGCAAGAAUUCUAUGAUCGAUGUACACUUGGUACAACAGUGAAAGUGCCCUUCAUUCGCCACGACUUCCCUGCUGAAAAAUGGAAGGCAGUUGGCAGAAUCCUUGUGAAAGGUUACCAAGAUUGUCAAUAUUUGCCAAACAAACUUGCACUCCCCUUCCUUGAACAGGUGCUUUUCAACAAUGUGUAUAGUGAUCUUAAAGCACAUUUUCUGCAGUUUGUGAGCAGCCAAGAACGUGAGGUUUUGAUGCAGGCAAUGAGUAAUUUCUCUGGAGUUGACUCUGAUGAUCUUGUGGAGGUUCUAGACAGCUAUGGCUGUAGAAGAAUAAUCACAGCGGAGACUCUUCCUACAAUAGUUGAUGAAAUAUCGCACAAAGAACUUGUCCAAAAACCCAUGUUUGUCAUUGACUGCUGGAGGGAGGUCACCCAUCAUCAGCUCUCUCUCAGUCAAGAAGCACUGACAAAGUUGUUCUCUGACCUGCAACCUACCACAAAAAAGGUAUGCAAUCUGCUGAAAUCUGGCACUGAUUUGACUACAAAACAGAAGGAAGUAAUAAAUCAUCUGAAAAGAUUCAUCAGAGAGCUAGAUGAAAUUAAACUUCAGAAAUUCCUGCGGUUCUGCACUGGAUCUGAUCUCAUAGUUACAGACAGCAUCUAUGUGGAAUUUGAAAAAAUGACAGAGUUCACAAGAAGACCAGUUGGGCACACAUGUGGGAAGAUUUUGCAUAUAGCUGACACCUAUGAGAACUUCCCAGAUUUUCGCUCAGAAUUUAAUGCAGUUCUUGAAAGCAAUGUGUGGGUAAUGGACAUUGUUUAG